GCCACAGAAUACCACCUUCAUGUGAAUCUGAGGUUAGACAUUAGCUGCUAACACUGAGUCUCCAGAAUCAGGUAAUGCAGAGGUCAGAGAUUUUCAGGUGGAAUAAACAGAUCAAGUAUCAGCAACCAUAGCUACUGGUCCACAGGUACAAUGGUUCUCUCAACUUCAGAAGGAGGAGGAGGGGGAGAGAAUGAUUAAAAUAGAAAGAAAGGAAGAUACUUUUGACUUACAUGGGCUAGCAACAUUUUCAAGGACUAAAGUUAAACUCCAUUAACUGGCAGAAGUGAAGAACAAAGAUCAUGAGUUUCUUUAAUUUAGACCGCUUUCGCUUUGAAAAGAAGGCAAAACUUGAAGAAAAAAACCCUUGCCUUUCUGCAAGUCAGGAUGAUGCCACUGCUACUACAUCUUCUUCUUUGGAUACUGUAGAAAAGAACACUUCACUUUCUUCUUCUUCAGAAGACAAUGUCACUACUGUUGGUAGAGAAGAUGACAAAGCUACUGACUGUAGUAGCAGACCAGCCACUCCAGCAUCUGAUGUAUCAGAGAAAACUGAUGACUCCAGUGUUCCUGAAACCCCUGAAGCUAAGAGGACAACACAGUUAUCUUAUUUUAAGUAUCGAAGAGAUGUUAUUGAAUUAUCAUCAGAAAGUGAAGACGAAGAGCCAUCAAAAUACUCCCAUGCAAAACAACACCCUGCUCCCAGGAAGGAUGUGAUUGUAAUCUCAGAGCCUUCUGAAAGUGAUGAUGAUGAUGAACCACCAAAAUUACAUAGAAAUGGCCCGGCCCACCUUUCAAAUGCCACAAAGGAGGAGGAGGAAGAUGAGGAUCUGAACUACUGCAAACUUCAAACACUAAAGGAACUCUUUCCACAAAAGAGUGACCAAGACUUAUUACAACUGAUAGAAUCAACUGCUACAAUGGAUGAAGCUAUUGCUGCUGGCCUGAAGCGAAAUGAGGAAGAAGCUGGAUCCCGAAAGAGGAAGCUUGAAGAAGGUUCUGCGGACAGUCCUGAAGAAAAUGAUGACCAAAGUCCAAAAAAGAAAAAGCUUGAUCCUUUGCAGAGUCCUGAAAACCAGUGGGAAAAGCGUGAACAUUUGGUUAGCAAGCUACAUAAAGAAUUUCCCAGUUUGGAUAAAGAGGAACUGAGAGAUGUACUUCGGGAACACAACUGGAUAUAUCAAGAAGCUCUGGAAUCUUUGAAAGUGUUCAUGGAAGAUCAAGAGGUCCCUGUGCCUCCUGAAAAUCUGCUUAUGGGGUUUGAGGCACCCUCAAAAGAGCAUGAUGCACAAUAUCCUUCCAAAAGUGAAGUUUCAAAUGGAAAAGAGGUCUCCUUUAAUAAUACCUAUUAUCACCAGAAUGACACUAAUGUAAAGCUCAAAGAGAAAUCUUCCACAAAAUCUCAGAAUGGCUUCAGGAGAAAAGAUAAAAAGAAAAAAAUUUGGAGCACUAAAAAAGACUCCCAAGAUAUGGACUAUGAGUCUGCAUCAGAAGCUGGAAGCUCCCUUGAUGAGGACUAUAGCAGUGGUGAUGAAGUGAUGGAAGAUGGUUACAAAGCUAAAAUACUUCGCUUUCUACAAGAUGCUUCACUUAGUGAACUCACUUUGAUUCCACAGUGUUCUCAGAAAAAGGCUCAGAGAAUAAUAGAACUCCGUCCCUUUAAUUGUUGGGAAACUCUGUUCACAAAAAUGUGCAGGACCAAUGGCUUGUCAGAAGAUAUUGUAUGGAACUGCAAGACAUUAUUGAAAGAGAGGGAUGUUGUGCUAAAACUUAUGAAUAAAUGUGAAGAGAUUUCAAAUAAACUGACCAAGCAGGUGACAAAGAUCACUGAAGAUGGAGGAGGUGGAUGGAACAUUGAACAACCUUCCAUUCUGAAUCAAAGCAUGGAACUAAAGCCGUAUCAGAAGAUUGGCUUAAAUUGGCUAGCACUUUUGCAUAAGCAUUCACUAAAUGGCAUUUUAGCUGAUGAAAUGGGUUUAGGAAAAACAAUUCAGGCUAUUGCAUUUCUGGCAUAUCUUUUCCAAGUGGGUGAUAUGGGUCCACAUUUGAUUGUAGUACCAGCAUCAACAUUAGAUAACUGGAUAAGAGAAGUUAACCUGUGGUGUCCUGAACUCCAAGUCUUAUUUUAUUAUGGAUCACAAGAUGACAGGAGGCAUCUCAGAAUGGAUAUCCAUAAUAAAGUUGCAGAUUUCAACGUGAUUGUGACAACGUAUAAUUGUGCAAUAAGCAGUCCAGAAGACCGUAGUCUGUUUCGCCGAAUGAAGCUUAAUUAUGCAAUCUUUGAUGAAGGUCAUAUGUUAAAAAACAUGGGUUCUGUACGCUAUCAACACCUGAUGACUAUUAAUGCAAAAAAUCGCCUGUUGCUAACAGGAACUCCAGUGCAAAACAACCUUUUAGAACUUAUGUCACUGUUGAAUUUUGUGAUGCCGCACAUGUUCAGUAGCAGCACCAGUGAAAUUCGGAGGAUAUUUUCUUCUAAAGCAAAACCAUCUGAGGAACACAGUAUAUAUGAAAAGGAAAGAAUUGUUCAUGCCAAGCAGAUAAUAAAACCAUUCAUCUUGAGAAGAGUGAAGGAAGAGGUUCUCAAGCAACUUCCUCCCAAAAAGGAUAUUGUUGAGUGGUGCAAUAUGUCUGAAAAACAAGAACAACUAUACCAAGAUCUCUUCAGCAGUUUAAAGAAAACUAUUGACAGUCAAGAAAAAAGUUCAGAAAUGGGCAAUGUAAUGAUGCAGCUAAGAAAAAUGGCCAAUCAUCCUCUCUUACAUCGCCAGUAUUACACAGCUGAAAAACUUAAGGUGAUGUCAGAACUCAUGCUCAAGGAACCUACACACUGUGAAGCAAACCCUGAUCUUAUAUUUGAAGAUAUGUCUGUGAUGACAGAUUAUGAACUGCAUUUGCUUUGUAGACAGUAUUCAAAUAUCCAUGACUUCAAGCUUGAGAUGGAUCUGAUUUUGGAUUCUGGAAAAUUUAGAACGUUGACACGCAUUUUGUCUGAAUUCAAAGAAAAGGGUGACAGAGUUGUCCUGUUUAGCCAAUUUACUAUGAUGCUGGACAUUUUAGAAGUGCUUCUGAAACAUGAGCAGCAUCGAUAUCUUAGGCUGGAUGGAAAAACACAAAUUGCUGACAGGAUACAUCUGAUAGAUGAAUUCAAUUCAGAUAUGGGUAUCUUUAUCUUCUUGCUUUCAACUAAAGCAGGGGGUCUUGGGAUUAAUCUGACGUCAGCAAAUGUGGUUAUUCUUCAUGACAUUGACUGUAACCCUUACAAUGACAAGCAGGCUGAAGACCGGUGCCACAGAGUGGGGCAGACUAGAGAAGUGAAAGUUAUAAGGCUCAUAAGUAAAGGCACUAUAGAAGAAUCCAUGCUCAGAAUAAGUCAGCAGAAACUAAAGCUAGAACAAGACAUGACAGCAGCAGAAGCAGGUGAAGAAGGGGCCAUUCCAGCAGAUAUAGCAACACUACUAAAAACAUCAUUAGGUCUCUAAUAAUAACAUAAAGGAAAGCAUUGUAGAUAUUUUUUUUAAUUUGAGGGAAAAUGUGGUGCUUCAAGGACUUUUUUUGUUAUUAAAUACAUUUGUAUGGACAUUUAUAACUUUUUGUAAUUUCCCUGUUGUAUUGCUCAUGACAUAGUUCCUUCCCCAAACCCCCUGACUGGUACUGAAAAACAAAAUCGUAGACCUGCUACGAAAAUGUAGUGCAUAAAAUACCACGUAAGCUAUCUUACCAAGGCAGUUUUAAAUGGGGACCUAGUUUUAACGGAACUGCUAAUGCUUAAAAUUGUUCCAUAUUUUUGUAAUUAUUUCUACCUCUAAAUAUAUAAAUAUAUAUAUAUAUUACCUGUCUAUUUCACUGGAUGUUUGAUUUUUUUUACAUGUGCCUUAUUUGAAAUGCUCAUAUUUGUUGUCUCCUUGCUUGUUUUUAUUUGAAGUACUGUAAUGUUUUGUAUGAAACUGUUCACAUAAUAAAAACUGGACCAUA